AUGGAGAAUGAAUUUCUUAGUAAAGUUGAGGAUAAUGCGGUCGUCCACGCAUGGUCAGAGAAGUUACAAUCAGAAAAAGGAGAUAGCUUGACAGAAGGAUAUACAUCAGAGUUGCAAGAAUUCACUCGCGUCAAUGUAGCACAGAAUGAGUUGCAAGAGUUGAGAGACAUCUGGGCUCGUUGGGAUGAAGAAACCAAACAGUUAUUCUAUCAAAGCUAUGGUGAUAUAUCUUACUUGUUAGAUAUUAAGGUGAACAAGCACCUGUUCCGAGUCAUGGUUCAAUUUUGGAAUUUUGCUUACAAGUGUUUCACUAUUGGGGAAGUGGAUUUAGUGCCUACCGUGGAGGAAUAUACUACCUUACUCAGGUGUCUAAAAGUGCAAGUUAGAAAAGCUUAUGCCAAGGUUUUUAAUGGUCAAACCUUCACGAAGAAAUUAAUAAAUAUUUCAAGGAUGAGCGAGCCUUGGGUCACUGCUCAGAUUCAACAAAAGGGAGAUAGUAAAUGUAUUCAUUGGGAGAAUUUGAGAGAUUUGGUUCUAACACAUUCGGAUGAGAGAAAGAGGGUCGAUAUCUUCGCCUUAAGCAUCUAUGGAUUGGUAAUUUUUUCUAAGGCUUUAUGGCACAUGGAUGAGGCAGUCACUGACUUAUUCGAUCGUCUUGAGAAGGGAAUCACACUAGUGCCGGCAAUAUUGGUAGAGACGUUCAGAUCCUUGAGCACAUGUCGGCAGACGGGCGGAGGACAGUUUAUUGGAUGCGCACAACUGUUGAUGGUAUGGUUUCAUGGGCACUUUUGGAAAGUAGACAAGGUUUCUUAUCGGGUCUUUGCCGAAGGUUAUUCCCCAUUGAAAGAGGAAGCAGCCAUACAAAGGAGAGAGGAUAUCUCGAAGCAGAAGUGGAUGGAAAUUCUUCAAAACCUUAAGGAAGGGGAUAUUGAGUGGAGAGCAUAUUGGAUGGUUCCUGAUGAGAUCAUGUAUCGAUGUGGUAACUUUGAUUGGGUGCCAUUGUUAGGAAUUUUGGGAGCCACCGGAUAUACCCCAUUACUUGCAUUAAGACAAUAUAAAUCGAGGCAGUUUGUACCCGCGACCUAUGGACUUGCUCAGUGUGAAUUCUCUUUUAAAGGUGCCCACUAUAAGAAGAAGGUUCGGGAGCUAUCCAAUGCUUGGAAGCAAAUUUGUUGGAUGAAGAGGUUAGCUGUCGGUUCCAUGGUGACGCCCGAGUAUGAUGGAUGGUUUAAGAAGAGGAUUAAUGAUAAUGUUCCUAGGCCAAGUUUAGAGAAUACUUGA